AUGCCCGAUUCUGGCGUUUUCCACUGCCGAGGUAGGCACCGCGUAAGCCCGACAAGUGGAGAAGAAGGUGCAGAAAGCGUUGAAGGACAGGCCUUUCCGCUUUCCCUGCAGCUACGCGAUCAGCGCAGCCUCAUCACCGUCAUCGUGGCUGAGCCUGCAAGGAACCUCUUGACUGAUCUCCACGACUCUUCAUCUGCUGGAUCCACGAUUGACACGAAGGGCGCAUUGCGGGCCGGCACGCGUUGCCAUGGAUUCAGCGCUAAGCUGCCCUGA